UUUCAUAACAGAAACGUACUGUUCGAAGGAGGGUACAGCGGUUUGAAUCGAUCGUAGUAUGUAUAAAUAGUGUAUUUUAUUUUCACUUUUGGUCUUCCAUAGAUUUCUCUGAAAGUGAGAAAGGAAGUGAGAUCUCUGCCGCUCGACUAAUAUUAGUAGUUGUAGUAGUCGUCCGCAGUAACAGUUUUAGAACACUGUGUGAUAAUAACUCUAACACCAGACAUAUCUAAGUAGCUUACUCACCACCGUUGCUACAUCGUUCCUGACAACAUUAAUAUAUCACAUGAUGCUAUAUCCGACCGUCCAAUGAGAUAUCCCAUAGAUAUCAUAUCAGUAUAAUCAUAACUGAUAUCAUCAAUAAUCGGUGUCGGUGAUCAUUUUUUGACAAACAUGGUAGGAAGAGGCAGAACACCAGCAGUCCGUAGUUAUUAAGUCUUUACUGCUGCACCUUGACCUUCCUCUUCCUGCUCUCUCUACUCAUACAAUAUUAUGUUUCUCUAAAUCAGCCGACAUCCCAACAGACAGAUGCAGAAAAUGUGGAAAAAGGAAAACCUAAGGAAAAAUCUUUUACGUGUCAAACAGAUAGCAGAUCAGAACCUCGGACGAGCAGAAAAAUCCGAGGUUCUUUCUGAGGAUUUACUUAGUGUUGAAAAAAGAGUUGAACAAGUGCGAUCAGCAUGCAUGAACACAGCAAAAAAGCUAGAUUUAAGCAUCCAGGGCUCUGGCACAGACAUGGAAAAAAGAUUAAAAAAGCUCCCUGAAACUGGUAUUGGCCAUACUAUGCUAGAAUCAGCAACUACAUUGGGUUUGGACUCAGUGUUGGGUAAUGUAUUCCACCUAUGUGGUGAGUGCCAAAAUGGUCAAGCUAAAGAACUGUUAAAUUAUGAAUUGGAGGUAGAAAACACUGUAUUAAAUCCAUUGAAUUUAAUUCUUGAAAAUGACAUCCCUACUAUUGUAAAAUUGAGAAAGCAUCUAAAUAAGUUAACAUUAGAUAUGGAUUCUGCACGUAAUCGGUGGACCACAGCAGUACGUCAAUCUCAGUUGAACAGCAACAACAUGGCAGCUGCUGCUUACAAAGCUGACUUGAUUCGUGGAGAGUUAGAAGAUGCAGCGAACAAAGUAGACAGUGCCAAAGAUGCUUUAGCAAUUGAAAUGCUUAAUUUCAUUGCAAAAGAGAAUGACCACUGUGAAAAACUAGUAGCACUCAUGACAGCACAAGCCAAUUACCACAGAAAUGCCCUUGAAACAAUCGAUAGAGUGAUACCGAAGGUGAAACAAAUGAUUGACACUAAUCCUGUGAAACCUGUCUAUGGUGUCUGUCUGUUGGACCAUUUAAAAGUUACUGAACGAAAUAUUGCCUUAGUCAUUGAAGGCUGUGUCUGUACUUUAGUAGAUACAGGCUUAGAGGAGGAGGGUUUAUUUAGAAUAGCAGGAAUGGCUUCAAAAGUAAAAAAAUUGAAGGCAUCAUUUGAUGCUGGUAUAGUAGAUAUGGAGGAAUACGAACAUGAUUUACAUACUGUAGCAGGGGCCCUGAAACAGUAUUUAAGGGAACUUCCUGAACCUCUUUUGACGUUCCACUUGUAUGCAGAAUUUGUGCAAUCAGUUCAAUUACCACAAGACCAGCGUCUGGCUGCUUUAACUGCCACUGUAAAUAAAUUGCCUAAAGAAAAUUAUGACAAUUUUAGGUAUUUAGUGAAAUUUCUUGCAAAAUUAGCGAAGUGUUCCGAUACUAAUAAAAUGACAGCUAGUAAUAUUGCUAUCGUGAUAGGUCCUAAUCUGCUUUGGUCAUCAGAUGAAAGUCUUCCAACAGUACUAUCAACUGGUAAUUUUAGUGUCAUUAUUGAAACAAUAAUCAACAAUGCUGAUUACAUUUUUCCUGGAGACGUACAAUUUCACUUGACAGCCACGGCCUCAGUCGCAACCAACAACAUCACCUUACAACAACCAACAACACUCUCCUCUGAUGCCAGUACUCACCACCAAAUAAGUGAUCUCCCUUCUCCUUCAUCUUGCCACAAGCGUUCAUUAAGUGGGCAAAUACCACCGCUGCACAAAAAAUCUGCUCCUGCCCAAUCAAGCACUUCUACUGCAGGAACAUCAAUGUCACUGACAACAUCUGUGAUUCCUUUGUCUGAGCUAAGUACACAGUCUGCUCAUACAAGCACUUUAAAUCUUCAUCGGCCUUCAGCAGAUACUAUCGGUACCCAGAGCAGUGGUAGUUCAACACUAACCGGCAGUUCCCUACCAGACAAACUCAACAUGGUUGACGAUGAUACUGGUUUUAGCAAUGGGCCCUAUCAAGGUGAAGGAUUAAUUUCGAACCCUUUGGAAUGUAGUAGCACUGCUAAAGCCACUAACACUUCUCUUGACUUUGAGCCUGGGAAUGCUAUAAAGACAUCACGCUCCAGGUCGGUUCCUCCUGCUCUAGUUUCCAAAAGUUUUCAUUCAGAUGUAUACAAUACAGCUUUUGCCCUCCACUCUUUGGGUGAUGGAAAUUGCUCUGGCUAUAUGACAAAAGUUAGAGCUAUGUGGGAUGACCAGUUUUUGACAAAGCAGCCUUCGGCCUCCACAGAGAGUAACCACUUAGCAGGUCUUAGCAGUGGGGGCGCAGGACGGAAUGGUUCCACCCCAGCAGAUAUUGAUUUCUCAGUUGCACUUGUUGACUCUGCCGAUACAAUCAACACCUCAACAAAUUCUGUAACUAGUAAGAAUGAAGUCAUGACUGCUUCAACUGUUACAAAUGCUUUGAGUGGGACAAGUUCAACAAUUCAAACAGUACCAAAAUCAACAACUAGACCAGCAACUAGUACUUCUUGUCAUACUCUUCCUACUCCUCAACCUAUUGCAAUGCAAACUGGAGCUAAUUUAGAAUUAUCAAAAAAACCUCAGAAUCUCUCUACAAGUUGUAUAGCUACUAAUUUUCCUUCUGAUGUUGAAGCUACUCCAAAGAAACCAAUACCAGCCAAAAAGCCUGCACCUCCACCUCCACCAGAACGACCCCAUUCUGUAGCUGUAUCGUCAUUUGCACAAUCUAAAAUGUCUUGUAUGACCUGGCCCCGUAAUACAAACACUGGUGGACAAAUAUCAGAAGAAAAAGCAUCAGCUUCAAGUGGACUGGAUACUUUGACUACUAACAAUAGUAAUAGUUCUGAACGAGAAAAGAACAAAAUGCCAACGACACCAGAAAAGAAAUCUGAACAUCGACGUCUACAACCCCCUGAAAGACCAAAAGGACCACCACCUGUUGUCCCCAGUUCAUGUCACCAAAGAUCUGCAUCAACUGGUAGUUUUGGAAGUUCUACAUCACAAUGCCAAGCAACAGGUAACUCAAUGAAAAAGAAAGAAUCAGACAUGGAUAUCACUUACAACAACACUGACAGAAUAAAGUUCUUUGAAGAAAAUAAGCAAUCGGCAAAAGAAGCAAGUCCUGCGAUACAGCAACAGAAGAAAACUCUUCCUGAAAAAUACAGGAUUCAAGAAGAAUAAAUUUUUGUUUGAAUUUUAAUAAAAAAAAAAUGUAAUUGUUAUGAGACUGCUAAUCUCCUUUACCACCAUCUCAUCGAUCCAUAAUUUGUAUAUCCUAAAUUUUGUCCUUUAACUUGUGUAUUUUCAUCUGUUUGAUCCUAUGUUUCCUCACAUCACAAAAAAUGAAUUUAUUUUCCAAAUUUUUUUAUAUGUAUUUUUGAUUAGCUUUAAAUUUUUUGUUUGGAAAAUAAUGUCCAUUUUAAGUUAUAAAUCCCUUCAUGUAACAAAUGUGGUGAUAUUUGUUGGAUUUAAAGUUGAGGUAAUUCUGUACCCCAACAUAUCACAGGCUUUUAUCCAGAGGAAAAAAAUUGAACACAGUAUUGUAAGGCAUUAAUUAAACCAAGCCUCUGUUGGUAACAGUGGUAAAUUCUACCUCCCUAUUUACAGCUAGUUGGCACAUCUAUCGACAGAUAACAUUUGUGGGGUUUUUGUUUACAUUAAAGGCUGAAACUAUCAUUUAUAACUAUAUUGAUGUAAACAUUUGUUUUAUAUUGAUCAUUAUUUCCUUUAAAAAUCAUGAACUUAUAUUCAUUAAUUUUAACAAAAUGCAAAUGGUCAGAGCUUCAGAAAGAGAGAGACAUUAUAUCAACCUGGUCAACAGCAACUGUCCAUUUAACAAA